CAUGCUUGCGCGCCAACGGUAUUACAACUCCCCAGGCUUCCUCCACAUCUAGCAUCACCCACGACCCACAAUGGCAUCUUCAAGCGCUCGCGCGAAGCUUCUCGCUAAGAAUGAUAAUGACGUUGUCAUUGUAGCCGCUGUGCGGUCUGCUCUCACCAAGGGCAAGAAAGGUGGUUUCAAAGAUACUCGCGCAGAGGAGAUCCUGUCCGGUGUACUGAAAGGCGCCUACACCAGAGCCAAGGUCAACCCCGCCCUUAUUGAGGACAUUGCAGUGGGAAACGUCCUACCUCCCGGUGGUGGUGCCAAUGUUGCUCGCAUGGCUGCCCUUCAUGCAGGAAUUCCAAACACAACUCCAAUCAGCACUUUGAACCGUCAAUGCUCAUCCGGUCUUGCCGCUGUUAAUCAGAUUGCAACCCAAAUCAUCGCUGGUCAAAUUGAUAUCGGUAUUGGUUCUGGAGUUGAAUCCAUGUCGUUUGGAUAUGGCGCUGGAUCCUUACCAGAUGGCGUGUCAGAAGAGAUCCUCACCAGCAAGGAAGCGGAGGACUGUUUGAUUCCUAUGGGUAUCACCUCUGAGAAUGUUGCCUCUGAAUUCGGCAUUUCUCGCGAGGUACAAGACAAUUUUUCAGCUAAGUCUUACCAGAAGGCCGCUGCCGCUCAAAAAGCCGGAAAGUUCAAGGACGAGAUUGUCCCACUGAAGGUCAAGAUAAUUGAUCCAAAGACUGAAAAGGUUUCUGAGAUCGUCGUUGACUCGGAUGACGGAAUCCGUGAUGGUGUCACCGCAGAGAGUUUGUCAAAACUCAAGCCCGCAUUUAUGAAAAACGGCACGACACACGCUGGAAGUGCCUCGCAGGUAUCUGACGGUGCGGCAGCCGUGGUCCUUGCUCGCCGCUCUGUCGCCAAGCGGUUGGGUCUUCCCAUUGUCGGCAAAUACAUUACCUCCGCAGUCGUGGGCGUGCCACCACGUAUUAUGGGUGUUGGUCCAGCGUACGCCAUCCCUAAAGUUCUGGAGAAAACAGGACUCUCCAGGGACGAUGUUGACUUCUACGAAAUAAAUGAAGCUUUCGCGUCUCAGGCCGUGUACAGCAUCCAGAAAGUUGGCCUGUCAUUUGACAAGGUGAAUGUCAAUGGAGGAGCGAUCGCGAUCGGACACCCACUCGGAUGUACUGGAGCACGUCAAAUUGCUACUGGUCUCAACAUUGCGAAACAACGUAAUGAGCGAGUGUUCGUCACCAGCAUGUGUAUUGGCUCAGGAAUGGGCAUGGCAGCUGUGAUCGUCAGUGAACAUUGAGACUCCUAGUGAUAUGACAUGUAGUACGUAUGUCUUGUGCAUCAUAUACAUACUUAUUACUCUUCGAAUUCAUUUCCACUAUCUCCCUUGAUCUCAAUCACACCAACGAGCCAAUAGUACUGACCGAAGUCGCGGUGUCGAGUGUCUUCCAGACCGCUCUAGAUGGUUAGACCUUGCGCUGACAUAGAUAUGUAUGGCAACAUACGGGUCGCCACUGACCUCAAUAUCAGGACGUACUUGGUGAAAGGAUUCCUUCUCCCUGAGCUAAAUGGGUUCAAGAUUCUCCAGUCUGAAACCAUGGAGAAACCCAAAUAUCAACCCGCCAGGUGAACUUUCGAUAAAGA